AUGACGGCAGAGGUGGAUGUGCACCGCGAUGCCUGUGAAUCUGAGGUGUCUAAAGGUGAGGUUUUGAAUGUGAAUGUGAACGUGAACGAGAACGAGAAUGAGAAUGGGAAUGGUAGUGUUAAUGGGAAUGGGAUUUCCAAGGACGACGCCGACUCCUCAUAUGUGUUUGUGACCGGAGGCGAUGCCAUCAUAUCUGAGGAUCCUGUUGAGUCGUCUGAUCUCAACGGCGGGGUUCAAAAAAAUGGCAGCCUUCACAUGGAGGUCAAGGUGGGAGAGAGUGUUUCUGAUUCUCAGGAGGAUACUCCCCAACCUCAUUCACUAAACAAGGCUGCCGACGGGGAGACGACGAUUGAGGUUGCAGAAUCCAUUCCACAGAAUUCUCUUACAAAUUGUGAUAUUCAAAGUGACGAAGAUCCGAAACUGGCCAAGGAGGUGCCCGUGGAAGAUGCUUCAAGGGAUCUCGGCCCAGGGUCGAAGCAUGAUUCAAUUCCAACUCCGCUUGAUAAGCAAGUUGUGAGUGAUCUUGUGUCCAAGGUAAUUGUGGACGGCUUGCCUGCUUGUCCUGCUCAUGAUAACACUCCAGGAAAUCCAGCUGAACAAAAUGUAUCUUCUGAAAAUGGCCAAGCCUUGCCUGCCCCGGUCAUUUGUGAAAACGCUUCCUUCCAAGUUGAGAACAAGUUGGCAGCAGAAGUUGGCAAUGGCACUGUCCCUGAUCAAAGUACUGAAGAUGGCUUGCUUAUUGUUCAUGCUCAAGAGGGAAUUUCAGAGCCCGUAGUUACAGAUGACUUGGUUGAUGCACCUGAUGAGAACGGGUCAUGUGAAAAUGCUGAGAGUUGUGAGAAAGUGCCUACUGAAAAUGGUGAAAGCUUUUCAACUGUUGCUGAUAAUGAUACAAAAGGAAAUCCAGAUGUUGAAAACGAGGUUUCUCUACCUACUGAAGAUGUUUCAACUUGCACUGUUGAUGAUGGGAUGGCAGGGGCUGAUGCUGUAAACCUAAAUGAGAAGACUAGUGAAAGCCCUAGUCCUUGCCUUCUUGAGCAUUCAAAAUCAGAAAUUGAAGCUGAGGGUGGGCCUGGUAUAGAGGAUACCUUGUCAAGUUUCCCAGUUAAUGAUGCAAUAUCAGAACCAAAUUCCAAAUUAGAAAUUGAACCUGACAUUGUGCCCAUUGGGGAUGAUACUCUGUCAACUUGCCCAGAAAGUGAUGCAAUCUCCCAACCCAAUUUAAAAUCAGAAGUUGAACCUGAGACUGCGCCCAUUGUGGAUGAUACUCUGUCAAGUUGCCCAGCUAAUACUGCAAUAUCAGAACCCAAAUCAAAAUCUGAAGUAGACUUUGAGAGUGUGCCAAUUGUGGAUGAUACUCUGUCAAGUUGCCCAGCUAAUACUGCAAUAUCAGAACCCAAAUCAAAAUCUGAAGUAGACUUUGAGAGUGUGCCAAUUGUGGAUGAAGCUCUGUCAAGUUGCCCAGCUAAUGAUGCAAUACCAGAACCCAAUUCAAAAUCAGAAGUUGAAUUUGAGAGUGCACCCAUUGUGAGUGAUACUCUGUCAAGUUGUCCAGCUAAUGAUGUGAUAUCAGAACCCAAGACCAGCCUGGGUUCUAUUGGUUGUGAAGAAAAGAUAUCUAAUGAUGCCGUGGAUGUAGAUUCUGGGUUGUCAAAUUUGGAGGUUGAAUGUGCUGCUAGCCCCCCUUUAUCUCUUGCUGAAAACAAUUCAAAUGAAGCUAGCUUGCCUGCUAAACCAGAUGUUGAUGACAAACCAGGGUCUGAAGUUCACAGUACAUCUGUUCUGAGAAGCAGAGAUGUUCCUGAAGAUGAUGGUACUGCAUCUGAAUCCAGGAUUCUGAAUGACUCUUCUGAGGAGAGUGGCAGGCCACUAAAUUGCAACUUGGAUGAUGUACAAAUUGAUAGUGACAUUAAACCGACAUGUGAGGUAGUGGAGUCCACUGACGGAAUUCAUAGAUCUGAAGCCUCAACAUCUUCCCAGGAAGUUUCCACUACUGAUGCUUUGGAAGGACAGAAUAAAGGUGCUGAGGUAGAAAAGAGGCCGUUCUACUUCUUGAUUAGGGUUCCAAGAUAUGAUGACGAAAAUUUGAAAGAACAGAUUAAACAAGCUCAGUUACACGUUGAAGAAAAAACUAAAAGCCGGGAUGCUAUUCGUUCUAAAAUCCAAAUGGAAAGGGCCACUUGUAAGGAGUAUUUCGACAAUUUUGAAGCUGCUAGAUCUGAAGAGAGAGCUGCACGAGACCUGUUUAAGGCCAAACGCCAUGAAAUGGAUACUGUUCAAUUAAUGAUUAACAAAGUGAAGAAUGCCAUGUCUGUUGAGGAUAUGGAUAGCAAAAUACGCAAUAUGGAACAUACUAUGCAGCAUGAGACCCUGCCUUUGAAGGAAGAAAAGCAAUAUAUUCGCGAAAUCAAGCAAAUGAAGCAACUUCGUGAACAGCUCUCUUCUAGCCUGGGUAAGCAGGAUGAAGUUCAACAAGCUUUAGACCAGAAAGAUCAUAUUGAAGAGCGCUCAAAGGUUCUGAGGAAGGAGAUGGAUCUACUCAGAAACAAUCUUCUGAAAGCAGAGACAGUCACUCAAGCUGCUAAAAAGAAAUUUAAUGAAGAAAACAAUAUGCUGAAUGAAUUACUUUCUCAGUUUAGAGCUGCAGAUGACAUUCGUCAAGAAGCAUACGCACAUUUACAGAGUUUGAGGAAACAACAAUAUGACAAGAACAAAUAUUUUUGGAGGUACAAGGAUGAUGCAAAGGUUGCUAAUAAUUUAGCAUUGAGUGGAGAUAGGGAACAACUGCAACAUUUUUGUAUCAAUCAGGUGGAAACGAUUAUGGAACUCUGGAAUAAAAAUGAUGAUUUCCGUAAAGAAUAUGUCAGAUGCAACAACAGGAGUACAUUGAGGAGAUUGAGAACCUCAGAUGGGCGCUCACUUGGUCCUGAUGAGGAGCCCCCUAUAAUACCUGAUAUUGUUAGAGCAACCAAGGAUAAUUUGGCAGCAGUGCUUUCUACUCCUGAACAAGCAAAACGAGUUGCCCCUGUGGAAUCUGAAAAGCCAGAUGACAAAUCUGCAAAGAAGGUUGGUCAGCCAAAAAUUGAGAUAGCUAAAACCAAGAAGCCGGUGAAACCUGCUUCAUCUGAAAUUAGCCCAGCAACUGCUUCUGGAAGAAAUGAGAUUGAAGAUGAAAAAGUAGAAGAACCUAAACUAACAAAGGAGGAAGAAGAGUUGGCCAGAAAGGCAGAGGAAUUGAGAAAGGAAGAAGCAGCAGCUAGGUUGAGAGAGCAGCGUAGGCUGGAGGAGAAGGCCAAAGCCAAGGAAGCACAAGAGAGGAAGAAAAGAAUAGCGGAGAAGGCCCAAGCCAGAGCUGCCAUAAGAGCACAGAAGGAAGCCGAGGAGAAAGAGAAGGAAAGGGAGAAGAGGGUGAAGAAGAAGGAAAGAAAGAAGGCAACUACAACAAAGGCCACAAACGGUAUUAGUGAAGGAGAAUCUGCUCCAGAACCAAGCUCAGAAACCCCAUCUGAAACUCCAGAGCAGUCUGAAACUAAAGAGAAACCUAUCACCGUAACAAAGAGGUCUCAGAAAUCAUCGCAGUUCACAAAGCAAACCAAGGUAAAAUCCAUCCCUCUGCCUCUUCGCAACCGCAGUAAGAGAAGGAUGCAGCCUUGGAUGUGGGUCCUCCUUACAGUUCUGGUUGUCUUGGCCUUGUUUUUCUUGGGCAAUGGCGGCAGCUCCCAUUUUAAAUCUCUGCUUGAUAAGUUUUUCUGA